AUGGCGAAGACUUACGAUUACUUGUUUAAGUUACUUUUAAUAGGGGACUCUGCAGUGGGUAAAACCUGUAUUUUAUUUAGGUUUUCAGAAGAUGCGUUUAAUUCAACAUUUAUAUCAACUAUAGGUAAGUAAUACAUAUUAUUUCAUAUAUUAUGUCUCAAUUUUGUCAUGAUUACAUUUUUCGGGAUAUUGCGACGACAUCCUGCCUCAUUUAAUAGCACUCCUGCUGUGUUGUCGCGUAUUUUGUGGGCUAGUCUAGUACUUGACAUAUGAGUCAGCCAUACUGUAGUACGAGUAUUUUAGGUUAUCUCCCUUUGAAUUUAGGAUCCUUGUUAAGCCAGGUCGGAAUAAUGAGUUGUUUGAGAAGUUGAACUGAAACUACACAAAAUAAAUAAUAGCCUCUCAGAUAUCUUAGACUCAGUAGUAGUGAAGUAAGAGAAUGCUUAAUCUAAAAAGAAAAAGAACAAUUUUUCAGUCUUAGUUUUAAUUUUAAAAUAGUUGGCUUAAUAUUAUAGGUAGGUAAUCUACCACUUGAGCUUCCAUUAUAAAAAAAAAAAAUUAAAAAAAAUCAUGUAUUGUCUGCGACAACAUUGUCGCUCCUGUUUGAAGUGCUAAGGCUAAACUAAACUCUAUCUAAUUUUAAUCUUAUGACUUAUUGUUUUAUUGAUAAUAAAAUAAAAUUCUUCUAUUUAUCCAAAUAAAUAUAAAAUAAAUUUAAAUGGAAAUGUUUUUUUUAUGACAUUGUACAUUACAUUUACAUGUAUAAAAGUAAAAGAAAAGAUUUUAAAAUAGAAAAAAAGUAAACAAUUUAAUAAUUGUAUCAAAUAUAAAAAUUUAAACAAUUUAAUUUAAAUUUAAUGUAAAAGAAAAAGCCUGAGUUUAAAAUAUAUUAUCAUCUCAACAAAAACUAUUGCAAAUAUGAAGGGAAAAUAUCAUAGCCUGUGACCUGUGGCUUAUGGUCUUUACUUUUCAUAUUUGUGUGGACCGUGGACGUGGACAUCAGCGUCAUUUGGCUUGACAAAAUUUUUUUGAACAACAGAGUGUUGUUUCCGUUCUAUUCUGGUUUAUGUUUGUUUAAGUUUAAGUACGGUAUAAGGCUUAUACUUAGCUGUUGUUUUAAAAAUAAAGUUAUUCAAUGACCAGAAUUAAAGAUUGGGCUAAGUCUGAAAAUUAAAAAAUAAUAGCUUUGAGCUAAAGCAGUAAAGCUUAGAGGCAAGAAAGGAAUAUACAUUUUUUUACAUAUUUUUUUUUUUAAAUAGGGAUUACAAAAGGAAAAUGAAAAAAUAGAGAUAGGUUAUUUAGAAGACAAAGGUAACUAAAGUAAAAAAUUUAAUCAAAAUAUAAAUAGAUGAUGACAUUUAGUAGCUGCUGAGCCUACUACUACUACAACUAUUCAUUGUUUACCAUAUCUAAUCAGGGUUUAGAUAAAUUAUAUCAUUAAGGGCAUUAUUUUAUUUCCAAAUAUAUAAUUCACUGUUUUGAAGUUUGAUAAUUAUUAAUUAUAAAAAGUGUUGGACUGCGAUAAAGCUUUAAAAUAGAUUAAUAAGACACGAACAAAUUGUGUCAAUAGAACAAUAUGAGUUAGCUUUAAUAAUAAUUAUACAUUAUACACAAUUAAACGUUUCGGCGCAUGCCUUCAUCAGUACAAACAAACAAAACACAUUUAAAUAAGUAUAAAUUAAAUUUACAUAAUAUCAAUAUACAUAUCCUACCUAAAACAGAAAAAAAUAUAGCAGAGGGUGCUAAAACCAGACAAAAACAAAGUAAAGAGAAGUAGAAAGGAAGUGAUUUUAACAUAAUUGGAAAAGCCAAACCGGAAAAAGACAUGGCAGCUAAGUAAAACUAUGGAUUUGGUUCAAUCCAUAUGGAGACAACGUACCAAAUCUAGUUAUUAAUUUGUUCUCCAUAUAGAUUCUAUCUGCAGUGUUACUAGUAUAGAGUAUACCAGUAACUACAAUAUCUGAGAUACCAUUAUGGUUAGUAGGGGUGUGCCGGAUCCGUUUUUUCCAACCGGAUCCGGAUUUUCUUAUGCGAAAUCCGCCGGAUUCGGAUUCCGGAAUAAUCCGGAUUCCGAUUUCUCCCGGAUUCCGGAUUUUGGUACUAUUGGUAGAUACUUCGGUCAGUCAAGGUGGACUACUACUUUUUGUGUAUGGGAAUUUGCAAUCGGCGCCAAAAAAUCCGAGUUUUUAAUUUUCCGAUGUGCGUGUCUAUUUAUUAUUAAAUUAGUACUUUCGAUAUAUAUUUGAGUUCCGUUCCAUUUGGAUAAGUGUCUUACGAGAGACGCCAUGUUUCUACGCGUUCGCAGCAGGUCAUGCAGCUCGCUCAACCUAAUUUCGCCAUGGGGUUGGCCACGCCCCCCUUUUUAAUGGCGGAAGUUGACGAUACUUAGGAAAUAUUAAUAUAUUAUCACUAUUUACAUCAAAAUAAUUGAUAACUUGUGUUUCAGAAUGCAUUUAAACUCAUUUAAACUGGAAUGUUUUAAUUUGAGCUUUAACAACCCGGUAGAAUCCAUAUUAUAAAUGAUCAGAAUUUACCGUGUGCAACACGUUGUCAUUGGCAACCAUUCACAGCCACUUGCAUAACUGUAUCGUAGUACUACCUCAGAGUUUCAUUCAUAAGAGUUUGCCGUGUGCAAAAACUAUUAAACCAUUGGUCAGGGAAAGCUUUAAUUAAUUAUUCAUGUGCCAAAGUUGAAAGUUUAAACUAAGUCUAAACAGUAUUUUAGUGAUAAGGCAGGGAAUGCGUUGCCUUAUAUAAACUAUAUAGUCAUUGCGCAUGACGGGAUUGGUGGAAUGAGAUCACAGAAUGUGGAGAUGCAGUCCAUGUUAAAAAAUGACAAACCAAGUCGUACUUUAAAAAUUCAUAACUUUAAAACUACAACAGCUAAAAAUAUGAUUUUGGUGUUAUAAUUCUUUAAAAAAUUACAUCUUUUCAACUAUGCCAUUGGUUUAUUUUUACAAAAAGUUUAAAUUUUCUUAUCAAAGUCCCUACACUAUUGGCCACUAUUAGCGGUGCUGACUCUAGCCUCUGGUAUGUACGGAAUAUUAAACAUUAAACAAGCUCAACGCUCGAAACAAUCGAUUAAUGUAUCGUGAUCGUGUGGAAUUCGGGAAAGAGAAUUACUUUUAUUUCAGAUUAUGAUCCGGUGAGUCACAAAAUCUGGCAAAUUCCGAAAUCCGGUAUAUUCCGGAAUCCGGUUGUUCCGGAUACAUGUAAAUCCGGCGGAACCGGAUUUCACAGGACAGUGCAAAAUCCGGCGGAACCGGAUUCCGGCACACCCCUAAUGGUUAGGGCUAUUGAAAUGUUUGGAGACCGGACAGAGAGCAUGUUUAUUUAUGUUAUAGAGGUGCUCUCUGAAACGGUCCCAAAUCCAUAGUUUUACUUAGCUGCCAUGUCUUUUUCCUGUUUGGCUUUUCCAAUGAUGGAAAUGAGGGAAAAUUUUGUUUUGCCCAUUUACUUACACACACCCUGUAUAGGCCCGGGUAACUGGAUCAGACAUAAAAAAACAGAACUAACAGUGACUAAACAGGACUAGGAACAAAACACUACAGGGGUAAAUAAAAAAAAUUAAUUUUAAUUGAAAAGAUUAAUUAAUGUAUUAAAGAAAUAAUUAUAUAACUUUUUUUAGUCGCCCCAAAUUGGCCAAGGUUUACCUUCUUGAUUUUGAUAUUCCUGCACAACAAUUGUUACUUUUUUACCAAAGGUCUCAUAUAUCUUUUUUCUGACUUCUGGGCGACCUGUAUGGGCAUUGGCUAAUAAUAAUUGCUGGCAUGCAAUAUCUCUCUUAGUUCCAAAUACUUGGGUGGUUAUAAUGAAGCAGUGAGUUUAAGGUGUUGUGAAAACCUUCAAACAAUUUGUAGUUUUGGGUGAUUGCUCAGCAGCAGGCUCAUAAAUGAUUCCAUAUUCUACUUGGAAAGAGGGCGAUGAUCUUUCUGCACCUCCUUCGAUGUAGGUUGAGAAGAAAUAUUUUAAAACUUCAUUGUAUUUAUCAUCAUAUGGGAAUUUUGUAGCUAGCUGGUCAAGACAGUUCUUAUAUAUGGUAUUGGGACAAAGGGAGAGAGCAGGUAGUGACUUCAGUUUCAGCUUCAUGUCAAUAUCAGACACUUACACUUCCUUUAACCCAAAACUGUGGAUCUUUCUAAUAACACACUGCCAAUGGUCUCAAUAGAACCCUUUAACUUCUGCUUGGUAAAAAGCAAUUUGAACAGCAGACAUGCUUACUUUUUCAAAGUCCAGUAGAAUCUUUUUUAGUGUUUAUUGUUGCAUUGUGCUUUUUGAGGGUUAGAUUCAUGGCAGUGUUUUGGGAUAUUUACAAUAUUUUCUCCCUUUGUUCUCAAGAAUGCCCUGCAUUUGUUGUGAAAGUAAACUCUGCAUCUCCAAGUUAUCACUCAACUCCUAUUUUUCCUAUAUUUGUAUAAUUACAUCCUUGGGUACAGUAGAACUUGAUUUCCGUUUUGUGUCCGAGAAAAUUCCAUGAUUAAUAGAUCUGCUAAAAUAAAUUAAUAAUUAAUUUCACAAUUAAAUCAAUAAUACUAAACUAACUGGUAGAUAAUAUGGAUAAAAUAGGAUAAAAUGGAUAUUGUAAGAUAAUAUUAAAGACACUCUUCCCUCUGCAUAGGUAAAAAGAGUUUUAGACCCCACUUUUCCCAAAAAGAAAAAGUUAAAGAACCCAAAAAUUAAUUAAUUAGUGUACAUUUAUGAAAUAACAGUAAAAAAAAAUGUGUCACUGGUUUUCACCACUGUUUAGCAAACCCUGGGGGGCCUAAUUUCCCUUGGUCAGGGCCUCAUGAAAUAACCAACCCUAAAUUUAAGAAAAAUGUAACUGUUGUCUUCAAGAAGUGUAUUUGUUAGAAUUUGAUGUAAGGCACCUGGUGAAAACAUAGUGUCAAGGGUGCUGAAAAUCGAAAACAUUCUAGGAACCACGGGCAUAGACGAACAAAGUUAACUUAAUAAGCGUUUCGGGUGUCGUUUAGAUGGGCUUCAAAUGCCAGUGGUGGACUAAAUAUUACUGUUGUUACUGUACUACUAGUGUUUGCAAUGUGAGCAGUUUCCUCUGGUACAAUGUUAAGAUAUGAUGGUGCAUUGUUCAUUAUAGAAAUUUAGUUAUUUUUACAAAAGUCUUAUUUUGUAUUGUGAUAUAAAUGAUUUCAACAAUCAAAUAUGUUUACUUAUGAAACCAUUGAUGCCAACAACUUUCCUGUGAGCUUCUUCACUGGCCAACUAUUUCAUUGACACACUCCUCUGCAUCACAUUCCUAGACAAGUAAUUUUGUUGAGGAAAGAAUAAUUCCCCCCCCCCCCCCCCCCCUUUUUUUUUUUUGUGUGUGCACAAGGUUUCAAUUUUUGGGAAAGUAGUAUGGUGCUUGCUUUUGUUUUUUUCAUGCAGUUAUUUUAAUAAUGAUUUGCCCUAAUAACCAAUACAUAGCUCCAUUAUUAUGAUUAAUUAUGGAAUAAUUGAACAAAAAACCUAUAUGUAUAGAUUUAUGUAGCAAAUAAAUAAAUAAAUAAUUAGUGGUUACCGUAAAUACUUGCAUUAUAAGCCGAAUUUAGAACUAUAAAAUACAAUACUGAAAGCAGGGGGUCGGCUUAAUGCGAAUAAAACAAAAUGGACUCAAAGACAGACACUAAUGCCAAUUUUCCAGCCACAUCGUUAAUCAUUAGUUGUGAACAACUUAUGAGCAGAAGUUCAGAUAUUAUUAUAGCAAACAAUGUGGAAAGAGCAGAACAUGUUUUUGUGUCAUUCCAAAAGGUAAACAAACUGGUAUGUAACAUAAAAGUAAGCAUUUGACAUCUUUACAGCAACAAAUAUGAAGUAAAAUUAGACAAUUGUUUGGUCGGCUAAUAUGUGGGUUUUUGCAAAAACUGGCCAUUUUAAAGCAGUUUUAGAGGGGUAGGCUUAUAUGCGAUUUAGGCUUAUAUGCGAGUAUAUAGGGUAGUUAAAUUAUCAACAUCAGAUUAUUAUGAGUGGCUGCAUAGACAGUUAUAAGCCAACUUACUUAUUGGUUUAUUGCUAUUCAAAACCUUGCUGUUUGACAUAUAGGUUUCAGCAUAGGAAUAAUAUAUUCUAAAUAUGUUCUUUUUAAGGAUGGCUCCUCUAUUAUGAAUUUACCUCAAAGUCUUGUUGUAUCCAUCUGCAAUAAAAAGGUCUUAGACCUUCAAGAAAAAGAUAUGUUUUCUUCUACAUAAUUUGAGGGCCCACGAUCAAUGAAUUGAUCAUUUUGGUUUGGAGUGUGGGGAAGCAUAAUCAAGUAAUGUUUUCUUUGUAAAAGGAUGUUAAAGAAUUAACCCCAGUAUCACAAUGAACAUGAUGUAGGUGUUGCUUGCAUUGUGUGGAUCAACUCAUUUUGGGAUUCUACUAGUGUGGAUCAACUCAUUUUGGGAUUCUAUUACAAAUUUUCAUUUAGCAUUUCAAAAAUAAAAAUGUUUGUUCCACUAUGCUAUUAUCCACUGUUAGUUUUGACCAAAGACUUUAAAUCGGUGUUUCCCAGCGGGGGGCCCACGCCCCACAGGGGGGAAUUUGAUUGUUUAGGGGAAAUUCGAAAAUGAGCGGUCUAGAAUUUGAAAACCAACCGUCUUCUAUGAUUUAACUUGCAUUUUAAAAGGAGAAUCGUUUAAGUCUCAAUUUAAAAUAAGCGUUCUUUAAAAAUUUACUUACUAUGUUUCCUCACCAAUUUCCUGGUGAUCUUCUUCCAAAAACUUAUCAUUUAAGUUAAUUCAAUGAACAACCCAAUUUUUUUAAUAUUAAAAAUUAUGUAUAUGAUACAUGAGGGGGGGGGGGCAUAUGGAUUUUAGAAAGGCUUAGGUGGGUAAUGGCACAAAAAAGGUUGGGAAACACUGCUUUUAAUGCUUUUUAUUCACUGCAGGCAUAGACUUCAAGAUUCGGACCAUAGAACUAGAUGGCAAGAAGAUCAAGUUGCAAAUAUGGUAAGGAAUAAGAGUGGGUUAGUAUACAGUAUUAAAUAGAAAUUUGUCGUAGACAUAGGACAGAAGCAUGUUUUGUACAUUCGAUAAUAAAAUGAGUGUGUCUUCUACAUUCUAUAAGAGUGUAUCAUAGACAUAUCUGCCUGUCCAUCUGAAAGCAUGGGGAUACUGUUCUGUAUGGCCUGUGAUUGAAGUGUGCCUUGUAUAUCUGAUAGACGUGUGACUUGUGUGUCUGGAAGUGUGCCUUGUAUGAGUGAUAGAAAUGAUUUGAAGCAUAUCUUUGCUCCCUGUACUAUAAAUUUAAACCAGAAAUUUAUGUCAUUUUUCUUUUCAUCUAUUUUACAUUCCAUCUUUUUGAUGUAGGGACACAGCUGGUCAAGAAAGGUUCAGGACAAUCACAACAGCAUAUUACAGAGGUGCUAUGGUAGGUACUAUUUCACUUGGACAAAUCUAUAUCUACUAGCACACCUACCAAGCACAGCAGCAUAUUAUACAGGUGCUAUGGUAGUAGGUACCAUUUCACAAGGACACAUCUAUAGUCUAUCCACUAGCUCACCUACACAAACAGGAAUAUCUUAAAGAGAUGCUAGGAUAGUACUAUUUCACUUGGACAAAUCUAUAAUGUAUCUACUAGCACACUUACCGAACACAAAAUAAGAGAGACGAUAAAAUGAAACAGAAUAGCUCCUUAUAUUGCCAUGAUAUCUAAUAAAUUAAUUAUCCAACUAUUGUGCCAACCCAAUGUCUUGUUAGCAUGCCACAAGACAUGAAUAAAACAUGAGGAUUUGUCUGCCAUGCUUGUGAAGACUGGACCUGGUGGACCACGCCAAAGAGAUCCUUCCAUGAUAUCACAAGGUGCAGCAAACGUGACAUGGAAUGCAUAAAGAGCAAAGUGAGACACUAACACUGCUGGUCAUCCACUGCAUCCUUGUUUAUUUCCAGUCAUCUUGACUCUUCGACUUGCCACUGGAUUAAAAUAGACAAGGACAAGAGAGCAUAGCUGUCACAUUGCCCAACUCUCUCUCCCUUUAAUCAAAAUAAAGCAGAGGGCUGUUACCUCUCAAUGUUUUCACAGACUCAAAUAUGACUGAAAAGCCACUGCACUCACUUUUGAAUAUAGCCUUGGUCAUCUUCACAUGCAACGACAAACUAUUUCAUGAGGACAAAUCAAUAGUCUAUCUACUAGCACACCUAUCAAACCUGGCUGCCAAAGACUUUAUGCAGCUUUAAAAAAAUUAAAAUCUUCUUUAUCCACAGUAUUGUGUUAAUUUUCAAUGAAAUGAUUUUUUUAUUUUGUAUUUAAUUUUGCUUUAGUGGAUAAAGUGAUAUUUCAGAUAUUGCUACAUAAUAACAUAGAGCAAACGCAAGAGGCCAACUCAAUGACAUAAAAUUUGACUGACAAAUAAUUGAGGAGUCAUUUUUUAAUAUUAAAUACUGGUAGUUGAAACUAUUGAGUUAGAUGGAAAUGUCAAAUUUCCAUAUAAGGUUAUGUCUAAAAUUAUGACUCUUUGCCAUAUAUUUGAUCUAUAAAAGAAAUAUAUUAUGAGGUGAUUAAUUAUUUUAUUACAUUCUUACCGAUGUAAAUUUAUUAUUAUUUCUCCUGAUAAUUGUCAUACAAGUUUAGACUUAACAAGAGUAAUAAAAGAUGCAGAGAUUUACUAUUAUGUUUGGCAUCAAACAUCCCAAAGUUCUAACAAAUAUGUCAUUUUAGGCCAGUUUGCAACUCUGAUCCCCAUUUCUUAUGUACCGUACACCAUUCUGUGUAUAUCCAGAUGUCCUUAACCUGAUGUGCACCAUAUGUCCAUAACAUAUGUGCUCCAAAUGUUCAUAUUCUGAUGUGCACUGUAUGUCCACCUCAUUAAAACUUCUGAUUUAAAAUUGUAAAAAUCUAACCUUACUCCAAAAAGUCACAGCCAUUAAGUACCAACCUCAGGUUUUUAACAUACUGAUAAAUUAUUUUUAUGUCUAUUUGUACAUUAACAUAAUAUAUCAAUCCUAAUUAGGGCAUUAUGUUGGUCUAUGAUAUCACCAAUGAAAAAAGCUUUGAUAACAUAAGGACAUGGAUCCGUAACAUUGAAGAGGUGAGUACCUUGACUUAUGUACCAGUAAAGAAAAGCUCUAACUUUGUAGAUGUGAGUACCUUAAUUAUGUUGAGAAAAGCUCUAAAAUUGAAGAUGUUGAAUUUACUUAUGUACAGAACUGAUCUACCAUUGAUGUUCUAAAUGUCAUAAACUGUUUAAGUAAUUUGUGACCUUUAUAAAUUAUGUCAUUUAUCAAAUGUGACCUUGUUAAAUUGUGCCGAAAGCCAAAUGUGACCUAGAUAAAUGAUCCCCUAAAUUGUUACAGCAUGCAUCCAAAGAUGUUGAGAAGAUGAUGUUGGGCAACAAAUGUGAUCUACAAGAUAGACGGCAGGUCUCCAAAGACAGGGGAGAGCAGGUAGCU